AAACACUCUUUCAUCUGCUACUUUGACGUUAAACAUAUGAUUAUUUAAGGGUAUUUAACUUUCAUGUUGCCUCAACUGCUACGUUGGCAAUCCUGGCCGCGCAUGCGCAUGUAAUGCUCAUUUUCUUAAGUUAAGUUAGCUUAAAUCGUGCAUGAACCCACCAUAUAAGUCGUGCAUGAACCCGACAUUAGUUUCUCUACGGUUUUAUGCUACAGGAAAUUAUCAGGAAGUUGCUGCAGACCUUCGAGGUAUUUCCCAAGCCUCUGCCUCUUUAAUUAUAAGGAGGGUUUCAAUUGCACUUACACUUACACUUAUUUCGGAUGGCAAAUUUCCCUAAUGUGGCGGCUUGAGUGGAUGGAACACAUAUACUAAGUGACAUAUAAAUCCGAACACCCAGUUUAAAUGGUUUUAUUUUAAUAAAAGUUGGUGAAUGUAUUUAUCUUACUACUGGGUGUUCGGAUGUAUACGUCACUUAGUAUAUAUUAAUAAAGAACCCUGGUGGCAAUAUAGGAGAAAUAUUCAGAAACAGGAAAGGGCAGUUUUCCAUUAAUGUUCAAGUAGCAUGUGGACCAAAUUUAGAAAUGUUAAAUCUUGUUGCAAGACAUCCAGGUUCUACACAUGACAAUGUUAUAUUUGAACAAAGUGGUCUACGAGUAAAAUUUGAAAGUAAUGAAGUACAAGAAAUUCUAUUGGGUGACAAUGGUUAUGCAUGCCGAAGGUAUUUGUUAACUCCUGUUAUAAAUCCUGUAACAGAGUCAGAAGAAAAUUACAAUCGAGCACAUAUAAGAACUAGAAAUAUAGUUGAACGCGUUUUUGGUGUCUGGAAAAGAAGAUUCCCAUGCUUGAGAAGAAUACUUCAAACCAAAGAAGAAACUUCGAUCGCUAUUAUAUGUGCAACAGCAAUUUUACACAACAUUGCUAGAAACUUGAAUGAUGUCUUUGAAGAAAAUGAGCUUAACGAAGAUGGUGAUUGGGUUGAUAAUAUAAUUAUUGUUAAUGAUCGACCAGGUGAUGGAUUAGCCUUUAGAAGAACUUUUAUAGUAACUCAUUUUUAAUAAAUAAAAAUUGAAAAUUUC